AUAAACACAGGCAGAAAUGGUUGGCGCUUCUCUUUAACAGAAACCUUAAACCUUGAUAACUUCCAUGGAAGCUUCAGUAGCUCCCCCAAACCUCCCCACACUCUCACAAAUUCCUCCAAAACCUCCACAGCCAGACCUCCAAAAGAUCAGCCGAAAGCUCCUCAAACACGGCGUUCAGCCCACCCCCAAAAUCCUCCACAACCUCCGCAAAAAGGAGCUCCAGAAAAUCAACCGCCGCGAAGCCAAACACGCCUCCGACCUCACCGACGCCCAAAAGCAAGCCAUCUCGGAAGAAUCGCAUUUCCAAGCAAUCAAGUCCGAGUACAAUAGAUUCACGAGAGAUGAACAGAGCGCGAAGCUGGUCGGCCGCCCCUGGGAGAGGCUGGACCGCCUCCGAUUGCGAGAGCUCGCCGGCGAGGGCGCCGAGCACGACGGGGCGGGGCUGAAUCCUGACCGUUUGAGGGAGCUGAGUGACAUAAUCGAGUGCGAGAGGGAUCGUUUCGCGUGGCUAUUGGAUGACGAUGUUGAGGUCGAGGAAGGGUUGCUUGAGGAGAGGAGUUGGGCGCCGCGAAAGAGGACUGAAGCUGAAUCGAUUAAGCUUCUCAUUGAUAGGUUGAGUGCAACCGAGCUGAGUGUGAAGGAUUGGAAGUUUACGAGGACGAUGAGGUACUCGGGCUUGCAGUAUACAGAAAUGCAAAUGUUGAGGAUAGUUGAAGGGCUUGGGUACAAGGGGCAGUGGAGGCAUGCGUGCUCUGUUGUAGAGUGGCUAUACGACUCAAAAGAGCACAAGCAUUUUAAGAGCAGGUUCGUGUAUACGAAGUUGUUGACAGUGCUAGGCAGGGCCAAGAAGCCUCGUGAAGCUCUUCGAGUCUUUAAUCUGAUGCGAGGGGACACACAUAUAUAUCCGGAUAUGGCAGCAUAUCAUUGUUUGUCCGUUAUACUGGGCCAAGCUGGUUUGCUGAAGGAGCUGCUGAAUUUGAUUGAAACCAUGAGGGAGAAACCGAAAAAGAUCAAAAAUAUGAGGCGCAAAAACUGGAGUCCUGAACUUCAACCAGACAUUGUUGUAUUCAAUGCUGUUUUAAAUGCUUGUGUUCCGACGUGCCAAUGGAAGGGAGUAUCGUGGGUCUUUCAACAGUUGAGAAGGAAUGGUCUCAGACCUAAUGGAGCAAGCUAUGGGCUGGCAAUGGAGGUAAUGCUGAAAUCAGGGAAGUAUGACCUUGUCCAUAGAAUUUUCGAGAAAAUGAAAAGAAAAGGGGAAUCUUUAAAAGCCCUGACGUACAAAGUUCUUGUCAGAGCAUUCUGGGAAGAAGCUAAAGUUGAUGAUGCUGUUCGAGCUGUCAGGGAUAUGGAAAAAAGAGGGAUAAUUGGAACAAGAAGUGUAUACUACGAGCUAGCUCGCUGCCUUUGUUUCUAUGGCAGGUGGCAAGAAGCAAUUCGUGAGGUUGAGAAGUUAAAGAAUCUUCGUCCAAAGAGGCCUCUUGCAGUAACUUUUACAGGCAUGAUACUUUCGUCCAUGGAUGGUGGACAUGUUCAAGAUUGUAUAUCCCUCUAUGAAUACUGCAAAACGCGCAUGGCUCCUGAUAUUGGCCUGAUAAAUGCCAUGUUGAAAGUUUACGGCAGGAAUGAUAUGUUUCUUAAAGCUAAAGAAUUGUUUGAAGAGACCAGGAGAAAUGAUUCAGGUUCUCAAGUUGGCGAACAUGGUGCGAAAGCAGAUAGUUUCACCUUCAGCUCCAUGCUCGAGACAUCUGCUAGCGCUCUCCAGUGGGAGUACUUUGAGCAUGUGUACAAAGAGAUGACCCUUUCGGGUCAUCAAAUUGAUCAACGUAAACACUCUUCUCUAUUAGUCAAAGCAUCCGAAGCUGGAAAGGGGCAUUUGCUGGAACAUUCGUUCAAUUCGAUUCUUGAAGCUGGUGAGAUACCUCCUCUACCAUUCUUCACUGAAAUGGCUUGUCAAGCCAUUAUCCAAGGUGACUAUGAAAAAGCUGUGAAUAUUUUCAACACGAUGGGUCAUGCUCCAUUUCAAGUCAGUUUUGAAGACUGGAUUGACUUCUUUGAGAGAAACAGAGACAGAUUGGAUCAGGCUACUCUUAUAGAACUUCAGGAGGAACUCACCGGACAUGAAUUACGAAGGGAACUCACAGUCUUGAAUCUGUCACGAGCGUUGGAAUUCAUGUGUGAGAACAAGGUAAAUUCAGUACAGAAGGUUUCUGAAGAUCUGGGCGGAAGCAGAUGCACAUUGCUUGAUUACCAGUCGAGUGGCAGCAGAAUUGAGACAGACGAGGCGUCUAGUACACCUGACUUAUGUGAUGAAAAGGAUCAUGUAAGGGCUCAUCCUGCCCGACUAGCAGAGAAUUUUGACCGUGAUUUGGUAGCGAGAAGUUGGAGUGAUGACACAGACUCUGAAGACGGAGAGUGGGACUCUGACAAUGAUGAGUUCAACUCGGAAGAAUCAGAUACUCCUUCAGCCUAUGAGAUUCUUGAAAUUUGGAAUAAAAAGUGAAGCAUUUCUUUUUUAUCUGUGUUGGAUUUUAUUCCGUUGCAGGUGAGAAAGUGCAUUAUAGUAGAGAAUUUCCUCGAGAGAGAUUUAAAUGGGAUUAUGGAUACAAAUGAAAAUAUUUCGUCUGCUCUCAGUAGCUACA